AUGAAGCGGCAAGCAAUCUCGCGGGCCACUAAUUCACAUAAAGACAAGGAGGCCACCCUCAAUAACUUCCCGGACGACUUGGCCAAACUGAGGGAUGGCAGGACGUUCGUUCACGAGCGUGAGCUGGACUUCCACGUCUACUACUCCGAGGAAACUGCAGAGAUGGCCUGCCGAAGUGGCCUAUACGCUGCAGUUGCUGAUGGAGUGCAUUCGAAGCAACCAAAGGAGCUCAUGCAGCUCUACUGCGUAUACGGAGUAUGUGAUGGAGGAGCGGAGGUCCCGCUACUCUUCUCAGUAACGGCGAGGAACACGGAGGAUAUCUACUUGAGGAUCUUCGGGCCUCGGACCUGA